AUGGCCCCCUCCUCCACAGCCCUGGCACUGUGCGUGGCACUGCUCCUGGCCUGGAAGACUGACGGUGAGAAGCUGGCGAGCCCCACGCGCGUGCACUUUGCUGCGGAGAUAGCGCAUCACCUGCUGCGGUGGGAGCCGGGACGCAACCCCCCCAGUGAUGUCCGCUACGAAGUGGAGCACAGAGUCUAUGGCACGAAUUCCUCCUGGACAGCCAUCCCAAACUGCAGGAAGAUCUCGGGGCACUCCUGCGACCUCACGUACUACACCCUGGAUCCUGCCCUGCGCUACUACGCACGGGUCAGGGCCGUGUCUGGAAACCACACGUCCCCGUGGCAAAGGACCAACUCUUUCUCCCCACAAGAAGCCAGCCUGCGCCUGUCGGGCCAGACCCUCUCGGUGACCGGCAACACUGUCCACGUGCAGCUGCAGCUGCUCUUUAGAGUGGGGAACCUCACCGUGAAAUACAACGACAUACAGAAGAACUCGAUGCAAUACCUGGUGUAUGUCAGGAGGGCACAGGACAAUCAGACGUACGAAGUAGUGGAGAACGCCCUGGAGUUCAACAUCAGCAACCUCUUCUGGGACAUGGAGUACUGCAUCAGCGUGAAGCCCGACGUGGCCAGCCGGCACAUCCACGCCACGCGCACCAAUGAGCAGUGUGUCACCAUCGUCAAGAGGGACAGGAGCGCAAAGCUUGUCCUGACCGUCGUCAGCUCCUCCUUCAUCAUCCUGUUGCUCUUGGGCCUCCUGGGGGCUCUGCUGGUGUGCACCUACAUAAAGAAACCCGUGAGGCCGCCAUCCGUCCUGAAGACUUUCAUAAAGCAGAGCUCGCUCUGGGUGGAGCAGGAGUCCUCGUCCUCGGGCAGCCCAGACACAGACCCUGUCCAGCAGCUGUUCCUGUGCCAGAAGGAGCCCCGGCAGCACAGUGGCUCCGAUGGCAGCACCGGCACAGCCCAGCUGCCCCUGGAGAAGGGCUGGAGGCUCCCAGCAUGGCCCGAGGAGCGGGUGUGCCUGUUGGGGCCGGGAGCCACGAGGAGCGGAGACAGCAGCUGCACCAGCACCGACAGCGGCAUUUGCCUGCACACCUCCUCUGAACUGAGCUGCUCCCCAGGCCACGAGCCCCAGGGCUACAAGCGGCAGCUGCCCACUGGUGAUGACAGUGGCGUGGGCUUGGGGAGCACCCGCCCUCACCCCACAUGCUCCUCCGGCAGUGGGAACGCCAGCCCUGCGGAGGCCAGGCAGCCCCGUGGAGGGGAGCUCAGCCUCUCCCCUGCCGCCAGCCAGGACAGCCAGCAAGACGUGGAGUUCCGUGGGUACCUGCAACAGUCCAAGGGCACAGUGGAGCCAAGGCAGGACCCAGCCAAGGGGGUGCCCUUCUCAGGCUGUGCAGGAUCCCCGCAGGGCCCGGGCAGCACUGACAUCGCGCUGGAUGUAGAGUGCUCCGAGCUGGCUGUAGCCAAAGGGUAUUUGAAGCAGUCCUCUCCCGAGCAUCCCCGCAGCCACGCACAGGACUUUGCUCCAUGGGGGGUCCCUCGGGAGCCCACUGCCUGGGACUUUUCCAGCCAGGUGGAGCUCCAAGCCCCUACUCUGCUAAGCUAUGGGGCUCCGGGUGCUCCCUUGGCCUCCAAAGCUGGCCCCGAGCUCCUGAAAGCUCCCUUCGACCUGAGCAUCUUCAACACUGACCUCCUGGGGACGCUGCCCCUCAUCUCCAGCCUCAGCACCAAUGAGUGGCUCACGCUGCAAAUCAACCCCCUGAGCCUGCUCAAUGGGGACAGCAAGGACAGCCGCCUGUGA